ACCUCUGUGUUUUUAUCAUGUCCAGAUCUGCAUGUAUACCUUCCCGCAACUAUUGUACCUGUUGUUGGAGUAUCACUUACCAUACUGGGUGUUUGCGUUUAUUGUCGGCAAUAUAGAAAGAAACAACAAUUUGACAUUGCAAAGCAAUGGAUAACAAUAAAGUGUGACGUUCUCUUUGUUGUCGACGCUAAGGACGAAUUUAAAAGAUAUACAGAACAGUCGAUGAUUGCUCUUAGAGUGACAGUUAAAGAUAUAAAAGUGAAACGAAUAGACAUGUUCGGCCUCUACAGCGGGAAGUACAGAGUAAAGUGCGAUAACUCAAUAUUCAUUCUUAACAAAGAACACAAGUCUUUAGAACUUUGUUUUGAGACUGUCUUAAGUAAAAUAAGAUUUCGAAAACAGCGAAAAACAUCUAUAGUAAUUUGUCACGCAGUUGACAAGGCUGACGGCCAACACUUAGGAAAUAAUGUGUCUACUGAAAUAAGUAAAAAUGACAAAGACCUUUGCUGGGUGUCUGAAAUUAAAAAACUUGACGAAUGGAUACCUCGUAUUAUAAAGACGAUCUUCCACGUAAGGUUUCAGUCAAAUUCUAACAGCAACAAUUAUUUUAUAAAACGAAAACUAGACGGUAGUGGGGAAAGAACAGUUAGUUCUAUCAAUGUUUUGUCGGAAAUGCUAGACGUAAUUUUAUCAUCAAGUGGAGCUGUUAAAAGUUCAUCUUUUGACAAUACUACAUGUAGAAUUAUUGUUGUAGAAGAUUUUGAGAAAAUUAAAGACCAGACAAACACACCGGAACUACAAGGAUGUCAUGUAUUUUCAGUAAUGAGUUCACUACUAUCAGCUGAUGGCGAAAGGAAUUUAAGCAAUAUUUAUUUUAGAGAACAUAUUUUCACUGGAGUAUUGAAUGUGCUUUUAGAGAUGAGCCUUAUCACGUGUAAAAGACCAAAGCGAAAGAAAAACGUGUCACAUAAAGAAGUUUAGAGAAAUUGACGAACACAUUGAUUACAACUAAUAGCCAACAAUAAUUUCUCGCGUACAAAGAUAAACAACAGUAUAUCUUCUGAUAUUGCCUAGAUUUUUAACUGUUUUCAUUGUACUACAUACUGUGUAUGCCACUAAAGAUUAAUUUGUUCAUAAUAAGUUAUUUCAGUUUAUGUCUUUUACUUCACUGUAUCCAUCUGGCUUACGCAAGGUCGGUGGUUCUACCCAGGUGCCCGCCCGUUAUGAAAUAAUGCACGGAGGGGCACCUGGGGUCUUCCUCCACCACCAAAGCUGGAAAGUCGCCAUAUGACCUGAAUUGUGUCGGUGUGACGUUAAACCCAGCAAAAAAAAAAGAUUCACUUCACUGUCUAUGUUACAUAUUCAGGUUGACUUUUUACACUGUUAUGUUAGAGGACCAUAUGUUAGACAUAUAGCCAAAUAUGUUAUCCUCUUUAAAUAAAGUUAUUAUUAUUAUUAUUA